UGAGCCCUUAACAACCAUAACAAUAACAAACCCUCUGAAAAAUGUCUUACUACUUACAAAAAGUUUGUUACAAAAUUCUCAAUGAAUAUUUUGGGAAUAUUGUGGCCAAAGUUGGUGAGGUGCUCUUCCAGAAAGGUGUUAAUCCAUUGAGAGUUAUUGUUACUUAUUCCAAGCUGCCGUUAUCUAAGGUAUCCGAGGCCAUAGCAGUUCUGGUUCAGCACAACCUCGUGACGUGGGAGGAAUGGCGACCUGGGAUACCAUGCUAUACCUUACUCCAUGAUCGAAUCCUUCUUAUUCUGCGCUUUCCCAGAUAUGUUUUUCUGGUCCGUGAGAAGUUUGGAGAAGAGGAAGAAAUGGUAGUGGAUGUUUUACUGAAGGAAGGACAAGCCACUGCCUCACACAUUAUCAUUACAUCAUGUGUUAAAUUACUGGAAGCUUCAGAUAACGACACUUCUGCUAGCAGUGGGAGCAACUAUGAGCAACGUCAUAUUACAAUUAGGAACCAUCUCUUAAAACUCAUUGAGAAUGAGUUUAUUCAGCGGUGCAGUUCACCUCAAGACUCUACUAAACCAGUACCUGUUCUCACUAUCAAAGAGGAGGAUCUGUAUAGUUUACCUCCAGAGUUACUUGAUCUGAAGGCCCUGCAGCAGGAGAUACAACACCGGCGUACAGAAACUACCGCCCCAACGUUCAUCCACCCAGAUGCUAAUGUGCUCUGGAGGCUCAAUUAUGAUAGAUUCCACAUAGAAUUCAGAGACAGUGAAAUUUGCAACAGCAUUGUCCGACGAAUUGAUCCCCUAGCAGGAGAAUGUUUUGGUGCCAUGCUGAAGUGUUCAUACAAGGUAUCAGACCCCUGGGCUCCCGUCAUGAAUGUUGUCACAGCAGCAGAUAUCAGGGAUCAGCUGAAAGACCUGAAGUAUCUAGAUCAGUAUCUCAAGAUAUUAGAGGAGCAGAGUGGAGACUGUGUGCAAAGAGUUGGUGAUGCUGGUGGUGGACAGUACAGACUUAAUAUGUCCAAUGCAUUCCAGUCUCUCACCUACAUACUGAUUUAUAACAUUGUGCAAGAGAGAUUUGGCUCCAAAGCUGCUCGCAUUUUCAGGUUAAUACACAAAAAUCAAAUGAUGGAACAAGACAUGAUUGGAGAAGUCAGCAUGAUUGGGAAAAAGGAUGCGAAUCUGCUCUCAUACCGUCUGCUUCACGACAACUUCCUGCGCAUACAUGAGCUGCGGAAAACCUUAACACCAUCACCUGCAAACAAGAUUAUUUAUCUCUUUCAUGUUGAUAUGAGUUCAGUUGUGCGCAUGGUUCUUGAGUGGUGUUAUAAAGGCAUGUAUAACCUAAUGGUGCAGAGAGAGACAAUUGUUAGCGAUAACCGUCGCUUGUUGGAUAAACGCACCAGAGUGGACUCGAUUGUGGAGAAUCUCAAGCAGUCGGGAGGUACUGAGGAACAGAUUCAGGAGGUUGAAGAGAUGAUGACGCCGAGUGAGCGCGCUCUGGUGGAGCAGGUUGUUGUAAAGCAGGACAAACUCUUCGACUCAGAAACAGGCCUAGAUGAAACGAUAUUCAUCCUCCAAAUGUACCUCUAUUAUCAGACACAAAAGGCUUAGUUUGUGUUAUAUGAUGGAAUAAAUAAAAUUACAGUGGGUCUUCAACUAAUAAAGGAGUUGUGUUCCAAAUCUGUCAAUUUACAGUUGAGUUGUUUGUAACUUUCAACCUAUCUUCCUAUUAGAAAGAAUAGUACAAAAGAAAAUGUGGAUAACAUUAAUUUGUUACUGAGGACCAUCACUCUUAAAAUAGUAAUUUUUUUACAUAUGAUCUCUAAUGAACAUUUUGAAGUGCAUGCACUCUAAAGAAGAGGGUGAGAAUGUUGCAGGUUGGAGGGUCAUCUGAGCUGUGAUGUCAGCACACUUAUGACAAGACAUUGAUUGAAUGAUGGCGAAAGUGUUUCCUUGUUUUUUCAGGUCAUCCUGCCUUGGUGGGAGAUGGCCAGAAAAAAUAGAAAAAAAGAGUGAAUGUUCAUAACUCACGCAUUCACAAGUUGAAGACUCACCAGUUUGUAAUAAAAGCAUAACAAUCACACAUAUUUUUGUAAAUAGGAAAAUUUGAUCACUGCAUCAUUGAAGUACUUUCAUUUUUGUAAUAAAAUUAAUAUGACUGUAGAUUAUAUUCAUAAAUAACAAAAAAAGGCACAAUACCGUGACUGGAACGAUACACAAAUAACCCACACAUAAAAGAGAGAAGCUUAUAUUCAUGCUCUUGAACUGAAAAAAGUGUAUUAUAUUUUGGGAGAGUUACUCCAUUAAUCUAAUAAAUAAUGUCAUUAGGGUUCAGUUUGGUUACAGUAUCAAAAAUCAUGUGUAUAAAAAUUGCUUGUAUGUCCUGGCAAAGUUUUCAGAAGAGAAAUGCUGAACAUAUGUUUGGAAUUUAAUUUUACAUACUAUUACAUUCAUAAAAUAAAUUUAAACUAUUAAAAGACAA